ACGGGAGCUCCAAGCAAACUCCAAGACACUGAUUGGUCUGGACCGGGACUCGAACCCAGAACCUUCUUGCUGUGAGGCGGAAGUGCUAACCACUACGCCACCGUGCAGACCAGUCCCAUUUCCAUGUCGGUUCAUACAGCAGCAGCAAUGGCGUCGUUGGAUUUUUUGGGGGGUUGCUGUUGAAAACGCUACUUUUUAGCUAACGGUCGCAAAAAAAAAAAAAAAAAAAGUCGACGACUUCUCUCUGUCCCCGCUGGUCUUUGACUUCACUCGUUCUUCUUUUUUUUAAUUCUGCCGCCACAUGUCGCCAGUCGAGCGAGCGGCCGACGGUUAAACGCGCACUGUCUCUUUAAGGGCCGCUCGGCGGUGCCUGCGCUCCGUAUUGAUCAAUCCUCCAUUUUCCAACACACCGCGGCGGCAGCGCGAGCACAGCUCCGGCGGCGAGAGGAGGGAGAGCGACGAGCGACGAGAGCGAGCGAGCGAGCGAGCGAGCGAGGGAGGGAGAGAGAGCGACGAGCGAGCCACCCCUCUACCCGGAGAGGAAGCCAGGGACCGGGGGGCAGCCAUGGCAGCGAACAUGUACCGGGUUGGAGAUUAUGUUUAUUUUGAGAACUCGUCCAGUAACCCACUGCUGAUCAGGAGGAUAGAGGAGUUAAACAAGACAGCCAAUGGGAACGUGGAGGCCAAAGUGGUGUGUUUUUACCGGCGCAGGGACAUCUCCAGCACUCUCAUCGCCCUGGCAGACAAACAUGCAAGGGAGCUGGAGGAGGAGAUGGAGAAUCCCGAGAUGGCCGACCUCCCCGAGAAACAGAAACACCAGCUCAGACACAGAGAGCUUUUCUUGUCCCGCCAACUGGAGUCUUUACCUGCCACACACAUCAGAGGGAAGUGCUGCGUGACGCUGCUGAACGAGACAGAAGCCCUGACGUCCUACCUGGACAGAGACGAUGCCUUCUUCUACUCGCUGGUGUAUGACCCUCAGCAGAAGACUCUGCUGGCCGAUAAGGGGGAGAUCCGCGUCGGGAACAAGUACCAGGCCGACAUCACCGACCUCCUCAAAGACGGUGAGGGCGAUGGCAGAGAGUUGGAGAAACUAGAGGAGAAGAUCUGGGACGCCAACAGCUCACUGACGGAGAAAGAAAUCGACCAGUUCUUAGUUGUUGCUCGGUCAGUAGGCACAUUUGCCAGAGCCUUGGACUGCAGUAGUUCAGUGCGGCAGCCCAGCCUUCACAUGAGCGCUGCUGCAGCCUCCAGAGACAUCACCUUGUUUCACGCCAUGGACACGCUCCACGCCACGGGCUACGACAUGACCCGAGCCAUCGCGGCGCUGGUGCCCCAGGGCGGGCCCGUCCUCUGCAGGGACGAGAUGGAGGAGUGGAGCGCCUCAGAGGCCAACCUGUUCGAGGAGGCGCUGGAGAAAUACGGCAAAGAUUUCACCGAUAUCCAGCAGGAUUUUUUGCCCUGGAAGUCUCUGACGAGUAUUAUUGAGUAUUACUACAUGUGGAAGACCACAGACAGAUACGUACAGCAGAAACGAUUAAAAGCGGCCGAGGCAGAGAGCAAGUUGAAGCAGGUCUACAUCCCGAACUAUAACAAGCCAAACCCCAACCAGCUGAGUAACAACGUAAAGCCAGCUCUGGUGAACGGAGCAGCAGGUAUCGUGGGUACACCGGUUACAGCGGCUCCAGUGGGUACAGUGGGUCCAGUGGGUCCCGCGGGCACAUUGGGUCCCGCAGCUACAGUGGGUCCCGCGGGUAUAGUGGGUCCCGCGGGUACAGUUGGUCCCGCGGGUACAGCCGUCCCAGGACCUCCAGGCUCGGGACAGACCCCCGGCCUGGGCAGAGCCUGUGAAAGCUGCUACACCAGCAGCUCCUACCAGUGGUACUCGUGGGGACCUCCCAACAUGCAGUGUCGCCUGUGCGCCUCAUGCUGGACAUACUGGAAGAAGUACGGAGGGCUGAAGAUGCCCACGCGGCUAGACGGAGAGAGGCCCGGACCCAACCGCAGCAGCAUGAGCCCCCACGGCCUCCCCCUGCGCCACAGCGGCAGCCCCAAGUUUGCGGUGAAGACGCGACAGGCCUUCUUCCUGCAGACCACCACGGUGACGCGCACGACUCGCCGCCUCUGCCAGGAUAUGAUACGGCCGCGGUAUCUGGCCAGGCACCCCUACCUCCCCCUCAACACAGCAGCCAUCAAGGCCGAGUGUGCCCUGCGGUUGCCAGAAAGGCCAAAAAAGACUUUGCCACUGAAACCUGUGGAACGUAAACCUCUGGAGUCUGUGGUGCGGUAUUUAGAAGCACAUCCCCGUCCAGCCAAGCCCGACCCCCCGACACGUGGGGGCUCCAUCUCCACAGCCAGCCUGACGCCCAUAAAGUCCUCUCCCAUCCUCAACAACGGCUCCCCCACCAUCCUGGGCAAGCGCAGCUACGAACAGCACAACGGAAUGGAUGGCUCUAAAUCCAAGAUCCUGGCUCCGCAGUGGGACAUCAUGGCCAAACGGAUGAGCGAGGUGGGCCGACCCUCGGCUUCGCUGCAGGACGAGGUGCACGAGCUGGACUGAACGCUCCGCGCCAACAACCUCUACUGCACAACCCCAGUCAGCAGAGGGGGAUGAAAUGGAAAAGGCGUUUUCCAGUGAACCACAGUCGAGGGCAGCUGAGGGGAGACGACGACAAGAUCAUCGGCCACGCGUCUUCAGCCAGUUCAGACCGAUGCCCGAUAAUCGAUCACCUCGGCCGUGGUCAAUCUGACGACUGACUGUACAGGACUGUGUUUAUUACUCACAUUUCUUGUUAUUACUGUCAUUGUAAUUAUUGUUAUUGUUAUUAUAAUUUCUUCUCUCUCUUUUUUUUUUUUACCAACUAUAAAUCAGCUUAUUGUUUGUCGAUCAAACGAUGGAACUUUUAAAGUUUCGCGAAAAAAUAGCUUGCAACGCCCUGUGGAAAAGGGUCGAAGGACUGUAACAUAAGCCACUCGCAUCUUCUCUGUUCGUUUUGUUCUUUGUUUUUGUUUUGUUUCUUUAACGAUUUCAAUUCAGCGAGGAGACGCACUUCUGUUCUGUUCCAGUGACACACGUCAGCUCCUCGUCUUUUUCUGUUUUCGACGAAUUCGAAACGCUUUACGGGAAAUCUUAGGUUUUGUGAGCCGGCCCCCUGCUCUUCGGCCAGAGAGGUUUAACUUAUUGAGAAAGACUUGCUGUUUUUUCUACCUUUUUCACAAGUAAUGCAUCUAUGCUUCAAUAAUAUAAUUAAAAAAGACAAUUGAUUUUC